AUGCUGAAUCAUACAUCAGACAGCAUCGGUAACAGGCGCUCAGCUUGUGACCGGUGUCGGCGCCACAAACUUCGCUGUGAAAAAGGUGGUACGGGGCGCUGCCACCGAUGUGAGAAAGCCCACGCCCAGUGUGUUAUGGGCCCUGCGCUGAGGUCCGGCCGGCCGACGCAAAUAUCGAAUAGUCCACUGCUGCCAGUACUUUCGGUACCAGGAGAACAUGCAAGUCUAAGCUUGGCUGCAAAUAUCACACCAGAUGUCUCAUUUCGACAGUUGGGCACACCCCCCGAGGUCCCAAGCUACGCAACUGGCCUAGAGGCACAACCUCUACUCUCACCAGCUAACAUCGACGAAUUCAACGAUAUCUGGUCUCAUCCUUUCGCCUCUGCAGAAAUGACGGGCGCUUCGAAUGAACGUCUCCCAACCACCCCAACUUUCGCGCCGCCUAAUGAAACCAUGAAGAAAUUAGCCGAUCUCCAAACCAACAUUCUAUCUGAUCUUGAGACUGUGAAGUAUUGCAGAACUGCAGACAAGUGUCCCGAGGUCGUUGAUGCCACUUAUUCCAUCACUGCCCAGAACGUCAUGGUUGGUCGUAUGCUAGAUCAUUCAACGGCUCUCAUCGGCAUCUUGGACCACUUCCAGCCAAACUGCACCGAUGCCGAUUAUUUCAAUCUGUCAUGCGAUACGCCUAUUCUCAUGACACUCAUUUCAUGCUAUGUGUCUCUUGUGCGCAUCUAUCGAACAAUAUUCUCGUGUAUUGUGGACUCUUUACCGUUCCUGUUGGGUUUUCAGCACCCUGCUCCACAAUUAUUUCCAGGCAUGCACCUCGGCGGAUUCAAGCUUGAAGCUCGAGUGGACCUCCAAGUGCAGAUCCUGGUGAAGAUCAGUGAAGAUAUGCUGAGAAGCAUUGAGACUAGGUUCGGUCUUUCUGACGAUGCCCCCGAGGCUGGCGCGAAGAUUCCCCAGCCUGGGAAAGCGGCUCAGCUUCUACGAAUGAUGCUAGAAGAGGAGGCCCGUGAACAGCCCGAAAUACAUGAGCCCCGAGGAGACUGCAAGCCAUUGAAAGAACUUCUUGCUGGCCUUCGCGAUUCGGAUAGAAAAGGCCGAGUUCGUUGA